AUGGAGCAAAAAUUUCGCGAGAAAGAGGGAGAGAAGAAGAAGAGGAAAAAGGGAAAGGAGAUGCCGCAAUCAGGAAGAGAUAGGAAAGGAAAUGGAACCGAAAAGAAAAAAAGGAAAAAGAAAAGAAAAGCCUCAACAUAA